AUGCCACGAGGCGGACAGGGAGUUUUGGUGGAGCACCCCUCAUGCCACGAGGCGGACAGGGAGUGUGAGCAGGAGCAGCAGCAGCUGAGGGCAGCGGAGGCGGCACACAUGCAGCAGUUUCUCACACCCGACAAGUGGGCCUGCAUCUCCCGCCUCCUCCUCUUCCUCCGCACCCGCAAGUCCGGCAUCAAGCUUCCCAACCCCUCCAAGAACAACCCUGAUCCGUUGCUUUCUCUCCUGCAGUCCUUGGCUGGUCGGGCUGGUCAGGGCUUAGUGAAGGAAGAGGGUGGGCGAGGGUCGAAAAGAGCACGAAGGACUGGGGAUCUUGGGGAUGGGUUGGAGGGGAUUGAUAGCGGUGCUCUGUCUUCUCUGAAGCCGCUUUCUGUCUUUUUGGCAACGGACAAUGAGAACCUGCGGCCGCAGUUUGUGGAUAAGAUCGGGCCGGUGGCUGGGGACGUCUUUUUCUCCACGGGUGCCGUUACUCACACAUCAAAAAGCGGCGCUGCUGCUGCUGCCGCCGCCGCCGCCGCCGCCGCCGCCGCCGCUGCCAGUGCUGCAGCAGGGGGAGGAGCAGGAGGAGCAGGCGGCGUGGAAGUAUGUCAGCACGUUUGCCAUGUUUGCUUCGAUGCUUGGGAAUGGGACGCUGCUGGCGCUCCAGACAAGACCGCCGACCGCUAG